AUGUCACGUUUGAUAGUGAAAGGGUUACCUAAGUACCUUACUGAGGACAAAAUAAGAGAACAUUUUGGCAAACAAGGGAAUGUCACUGAUGUUAAGUUAAUGAAGAAGAGAAAUGGUGAAUCAAGAAGGUUUGCAUUUAUAGGUUAUAAAUCGUACGAAGAUGCUGAAAAUGCAGCUAAAUUCUUUAAUGAGUCGUUUAUCGACACUGCCAGGAUCAGUGUUGAGUUAGCGAAAACGUUUUCUGACCCAAGUGUUCCUCUUCCUAUGAAAGAGAAGAGAAGACUCAAUGAACAGAGACUUAGAGAACAAGAAGAAAGAUUAUUGGAACAAGAAGCCCAAAGACAGAACAAGAAACAAAAGAAUAAUAAGAAAUCGCUAGAUGAAGAAAUUCAAAGUAAUCCAAAGUUGCGUGAGUUUAUGGAAGUUAUGAAGCCUUCUCAUCAAGUCAAAUCAUGGGCCAAUGAUGUCGUGGCUGAUGGAUCGGGUGGACCAUCAGCUAAAGACUUGGAGGAAGCCUUAGCCAGAAAAGAUCAAAUAGAAAAAGGCUCUAGUAUAGAUGAUACAGAAUACCAAACUAUUCAAGCCAAAGAUUCUGUUAGUGACGACGAAUACGAAGAUUUCCAACCAAAUAAUAAAAAGACAGAAGAUAACGAAGAUGAAGAUGAACCAAUGAUGUCGUUAGACUCUUUACCUCAUAACGAGGAUGGAGAUGAUAACUUAGCUACGGAUGAAAACAUCACCGAUCUUGAUUGGUUUAAACAAAGAAGAAGUCGUAUGAAAGAAAACGACACAGAAACCAAUAACGAAACUGACCUGCCAAAGAUACCGAUUAAUAGUCCCGAAACCACAGUCGAACCAGGUUUAAUCAAGCCAAAAAAGCCCCAAACAGUCAUAAACACUCCUCAAGAACCAAAAGAAACCCCUGAAGAACAAACUGCAAGUAAAAUCUCGGAAACCGGUCGUUUAUUCAUUAGAAACAUUUUAUAUUCAUCAACUGAAGAGGAUUUCAGAGAAUUAUUUCAAAAAUUUGGUCCCCUUGAAGAAGUUCAUAUUGCCAUAGAUACUCGUACUGGGAAAUCAAAAGGUUUUGUCUAUGUCCAAUUCAUUAAAAGUGAAGAUGCUGUUUCUGCUUUUCGUGCUUUAGAUAAACAAAUUUUCCAAGGUCGUUUAUUACAUAUUCUUCCUGGUGAAAAGAAGAAAAAUCAUAGAUUAGAUGAAUUUGAUUUGAAGAAUUUACCAUUAAAGAAGCAAAGAGAAUUGAAGAAAAAGGCACAAGCAUCUAAAUCACAAUUCAGUUGGAAUUCUUUAUAUAUGAAUAGUGAUGCAGUUUUAGAAUCAGUUGCUAAUAAAAUGGGGAUUGCUAAAUCUCAAUUAAUCGAUGUUGAGAAUUCUAAUUCUGCAGUUAAACAAGCAUUAGCCGAAGCUCAUGUUAUUGGUGAUGUUAGAAAAUAUUUCGAAGAUAGAGGAGUUGAUUUAACGACAUUCAAUCAAAAAGAACGUGAUGACAAGAUUAUUUUAAUUAAGAAUUUCCCAUUUGGAACAUCAGUUGAUGAAAUUGGAGAAUUAUUUAAUGAAUAUGGAUCAUUGAAAAGAAUAUUGAUGCCACCAGCUGGUAUUAUUGCAAUUGUUGAAUUUAGAGAUUCACCAAGUGCAAGAGCUGCAUUUACAAAAUUAUCAUAUAGAAGGUUCAAGAAAAGUAUAUUGUAUUUAGAAAAAGGUCCAAAAGACUUAUUUCUUCGUGAACCAAAGGCUGAUGAAGUUAUCAAUAAAUCCAAUGAAGAAAUUGAAUCUGAAAAAGCAGUUGAAGCCAAGGUCAGUGCAUCUGAUAUUAUGGGUACUUCUAAAGAUAAAGAUGACGAAGAGAAUAAUGAUGGUAUUGAAGGACCAACUGUUUCGAUAUUUGUUAAGAAUUUAAAUUUCUCAACAACAUCGAUCAAGCUUACCGAAACGUUCAAAUCAUUACCAGGUUUUGUUGUUGCAGUUGUUAAGACCAAACCAGAUCCUAAAAAUCAAGGUGGAGUUUUAAGUAUGGGUUUUGGAUUUGUUGAAUUUAGAACUAAAGAACAAGCAGACGUAGCCAUAUCAACAUUAGAUGGGCAUGUAAUCGAUGGACAUAAAAUACAAUUGAAAUUAUCACAUAGACAAGGACAAAGUUCUAAUAACUCUAAUGUUAAGAAGUCGAAUAAAACCAAUAAGAUUAUUAUUAAGAAUUUACCAUUCGAAGCAUCAAGAAAAGAUGUAUUAGAAUUAUUUGGAGCAUUUGGACAAUUAAAAUCAGUUAGAGUACCAAAGAAAUUCGACAAAUCGGCCAGAGGUUUUGCAUUCGUUGAAUUUACAUUAAUUAAAGAAGCCGAAAGUGCAAUGAGUCAAUUAGAAGGGGUUCAUUUAUUAGGUAGAAGAUUAGUUAUGCAAUAUGCUGAACAAGAUUCUGAAAAUGCAGAAGAAGAAAUUGAAAAAAUGACCAAGAAAGUUAAAAAACAAGUUGCAACCACUCAAUUAGCAGCAGCGAGAUUAGCAGGCAAAGGUAAAUUUGAAUUAGAGGGAGAAGAAAAUGAAGAUGAAUUUGCAUAA